GUUCGCAGCUUCCAUGGUAUUCCCACGCACAUAAAGGCGUAAACAAUUCUUCCUCUCUCUCUUUCAGAGGCAUACCACCCGACUUCGUAAUCUGUUCUCAGGACACGUACCUGUAUUCGAUUUCAAAGUUUCAAACUCAAACUCUCUGGACACAUAGCCUACGUCUCAUGUCAACAAGUUCAACAACUGGCCGAUCAAUCAACACAACCGUCCAGUGCGUUCAGUCAACAAGCAGAAUGGGCUCCAUCGAUCCUCCACCGAUAAAGCUGCCCAGCAUCAAGCUCGACACGACCCUCGCCGAGCUGUACAAGCGGGCAAGCCCCAAGACUGCUGGCCUUCGGUUGGGCCUGGCAUCGUGCGGCGUCACAAGCGCCGUCGACCUCACGCCUGACUUCCAACGCAACUCCAGGUACCCGUAUCAGGACCAGGCCCUCAUCAAGGUGCCCCGACGGCAACUCACCCUGGACAACACCAACCUCCGCAAGUCGAUCGCAAAGAAAUACCUCAGCCUCAUCCCGCAGCGCGAUGCUUUUAUCGCGGGCGCCAUGCCCGUGAUCCUCUUCAACCUGGGCCAGUCACCCAAACAGAUCGAGCAUGACCGGCGCGAGGCCGAGACCACCAUCUCGGUGCUUGACUGUGCCCAGCGGCCCGAUCUGAUCUUUUGCCCCGGUCCGAUCAAGAUACCCCUGCAGCCUGAGCAGGACCAUGGGCAUGGUAUCGACAAGCUCGACUACAAGGUCGUGCUCGACGGGUUAGAAGCCAAUCAAGAUCGGCUCACGCGCGACCUCGAAACGCACUGGUUCCUCAACAGCAAGGCCGCCCUGGCAAGGUCCGGCCUGCCCACGCCGCGGUCUGAGAUCCUUGAGACGGAGGGCGUGCCGCCUGAAGACCCGGAAUCCUGCUGUCGCGUCUGCGCUGCUGCAGCAAGUAGCAGUAGUUCCCCUGGAUCGGCCGCAGAGCUGCCCUUGUUCCCGGCCAAGUGCACAGGGCCCAGGGGACGAUGGCUCGCCGCGCAAAAGGACCGCAUCCUCUCCGCCGCGCGGGCGCGGCCGGUGCCCUUUGUCUUCAAGACGCAGCAGGCUUUUGGGGGCGCGGGGACAUGGCUUGUCCGCACGGCGGAGCAGAAAUCUGCGCUGCUGGCAGAGCUUGCCGGGGACGACAGUGAUAAUGAUGACGACGACGGGGUCCUAGGCAAGCUGCUGGCGCAGGUGACCAGCAGCAACGCGCAUCUAGGCCCGGCGACGGUACUGCUCAGCGAGCUAGUGGGCGCCGACGGGGAUGGGAAAACGGUGGUAGGUGACUACGGCCUGACCUUUGUUGUGACGGAUCGCGACGAUGAAGCCGACGGGGGAGCGGCUCAUUUCCUUGCUGCUUCGGAACAAAACACGGACGGCAGCAACGCCUGGAUUGGCAGCACAAUCUCGUACCCCCGCCAGGAGCAGCUGAGGCGGAAGUUUGAGGGGCUCAUGCGGCAAACUGCGGCGUGGCUGGCCAGGUAUGGCUAUAUUGGUCCCGUUGGCGUGGAUGUCCUGGAAGUAAAGAAGUCCGGGUCAGGCCAGGGGGAGACGGAGUUUUUCAUCGUGGAUUUGAACGCCAGGAUAUCGGGAUCCAUGUCGUUACCGUUGCUCAGGGGUCAUUUUGUGGGUAGAGGCCUGACAUGCGCGAGCAGCGUCUCGAUUGUAGCCAAGGGCGGCAGGGCAGGGUUUAUCCAGCGAUGGAGGAAGCCCUUCGAGGAGGGCAGGAUGCUCAUACUGAGCUGGUAUGAGGAUCCCGAGGCUGGCGAGAGCAUUGCGGAGGUUGUUAUUGGCGGGGAGAAUGAGGAGCGGUUGCAAGAGCUGGUGCAGCGGGUGAGGGAGAAUAUUGAAGAGGUGACACUCUAGGGGCCUAUGAGGUAUAAUGGUCAACUACUUAGGUAGUGUUGAUUUUGAUAUGAUGGAAAGUUGACGAAAAUCAUGUGGUGAGCCCUGCAUUUGAG